ACGUCCGGGAGCCACAGAUCCCGUGUGGAGGUGGUGCGGAGCAGUUGGCUUCCUAGCGGCGUGGGAAGUAGUGUGUUCUGGCAGGCUGCGGUGGAACCUCUAUAAAGAAGAAUCAGGAGAUUGGCAUCUUCGGUUGAAGCACUUCGAACCGAGCGGCGGCAGCACCUACGAGUCAUGAGCGACAGCGGAGAGCAGAACUACGGCGAGCGGGUUAAUGUUGAAGAAGGAAAAUGCGGAAGUCGUCAUUUGACAAGUUUUAUAAAUGAGUAUUUGAAGCUCAGGAAUAAGUGAAGCUGAAAUUUGAAAAAAAUAAAAGAAAGAAUGCAUGCUAAUUAUCAGACCAGAAGUCCCACUUGUAGAAUAUUGAGCAAUUUGUGUGAAGUGGGGAAGAUGAAAGAAGUCAGAAUUUGAAACGGAAGAAUGAAGAAAAGAAAUAAAAAUGAAGUUAAGAUAAGAAGUAAUCUGGAAUCAGAAAGCACUACGCUAAGAAUCCCGUUCUGCUUCCAGAAGUGGAAGUGCUCAUGGAUCUGGGAAAUCUGCAAGGCAUACCCCUGCAAGGUCUCGCUCCAAGGAAGAUUCCAGGCGUUCCAGAUCAAAGUCCAGGUCCAGAUCUGAAUCUAGGUCUAGAUCCAGAAGAAGUUCUCGAAGGCAUUAUACAAGGUCACGAUCUCGGUCUCGCUCCCAUAGACGAUCCCGUAGCAGAUCUUACAGUCGAGAUUAUCGAAGACGUCAUAGCCACAGUCAUUCUCCCAUGUCUACUCGGAGGCGUCAUGUCGGGAAUCGGGCAAAUCCCGAUCCCAACUGUUGCCUUGGCGUAUUUGGAUUGAGCUUGUACACUACAGAAAGAGAUCUAAGAGAAGUAUUCUCUAAAUAUGGCCCCAUUGCUGAUGUGUCUAUUGUAUAUGACCAGCAGUCUAGACGUUCAAGAGGAUUUGCCUUUGUUUAUUUUGAAAAUGUAGAUGAUGCCAAGGAAGCAAAAGAGCGUGCCAAUGGAAUGGAGCUUGAUGGACGUAGAAUCAGAGUUGAUUUCUCUAUAACAAAAAGACCACAUACCCCAACACCAGGAAUUUACAUGGGGAGACCUACCUAUGGCAGCUCACGCCGUCGUGAUUACUAUGACAGAGGAUACGAUCGAGGCUAUGAUGAUCGGGACUACUAUAGCAGAUCAUACAGAGGAGGAGGUGGAGGAGGAGGAGGAUGGAGAGCUGCUCAAGACAGGGAUCAGAUUUACAGAAGGCGGUCACCUUCUCCUUACUAUAGUCGUGGAGGAUACAGAUCCCGUUCCAGAUCUCGAUCAUACUCACCUCGUCGCUAUUAAAGCAUGAAGUGGAAGACUUUCUGACACCUGCCCUAGAGUUUGGAUAUUGUUUGUGGACAAUAUUUUUUAUUGUCUCCUGUUUAAAAAGUGAACAGUGCCUAGUGAAGUUAGGUGACUUUUACACCUUUUAUGAUGACUACUUUUGGUGGAGUUGAAAUGCUGUUCUCAUUCUGCAUUUGUGUAGUUCGGUGCUUUGUUCAAAGUUAAGUGUUUUCAGAAAAGUAUGUUUUGCAUGUAUUUUUUUACAGUCUAAAUUUUGACUGCUGAGAAGUUUCUAUUGUACAAAACUUCAUUUAAAAGGUUUUUCUACUGAAUCCAGGGUAUUCUGAAGAUCGAAGCCUGUGUGUAAAAUGCUACCAAAUGGCAAAAAGCAACAAUAAAGUUUGAUUUUUACUUUCCUUUCUAACAUAUCAGUGCUUAGCAGAACUGUUCAGAUUAGGUUGUCAGCAGUAAAUUUGAAGACCAAAAAUGCCCAUUUUUCUUCAGUCCAUAAAACAUACCAUACUUAAUAUACCUGCAAGUAAGUGUUAAAAAUUAUGCUCUGUAACUCAGUACUGCUAGUAUUAGAACUAAUGAUCUUUCAAUAACAGCAAAUGCUUAAUGCUUAUAUAAAUGUGGAUUUGUCAGCCUUUAUAUAAUCUGUAUUGUUUAUAGCAGGGAGUAAGAAAAGAGUUACACAAUGUAUGACUUUAAAAGGCUAUUUCUUAAAGCUGUUUUAAGGGGAUAAUGGUAUUUCAACUGGUUAUCAGUAAGUGACAAUACAUUCCACCACAAAUGUACUCGUUCUAGCUUUUAGACUAUAUUAAAAAAAAACUGGGUGCUUCAGAGUUUAGGAAAAGAAGGGAACACUACUGUGUUGUGGAUGAACUGAAGACUGCCUGUUCAUUUUUUAAAUAUUAUUUUCAGAUCCUUUGCUUAACAGAGGAGGCCCAAUUUCACUCAAAUGUUUUGAGAACUGUGUUAAAUAAAUGCAAAUGAAAAGUAAAAGGCUGGUACAACU